GGAAAACACAGCGGAGGAGAGGAGCCUCUUUGUGAAUCCCAUCUGACUGGGAUAAAAGCCCAGUCGCAGAGAGGAGUGGUGGUUUCGCUUGACCUUUCACCUCAAUAGGAAGGAGAGAAAGCCACUUCAGAGAUGGAGCAGGUGUCAGAUGAUGAGUUGGACCAUGGAGCAGAGGAGGACAGCGAUAAGGAGGACCAGGACCUGGACAAGAUGUUUGGAGCCUGGCUGGGAGAGCUGGACAAACUCACACAGAGUCUGGAUGAUGGCAGGCCACAGAAAGCACUGCAGAAGCCUCCUCUCAGACAGGAGACAAACAUGGCCAACUUCUCCUACCGCUUCUCAAUGUACAACAUAAACGAGGCGCUGAACCAGGGCGACACAGUGGACCUGGACGCCCUGAUGGCCGACCUGUGUUCAAUCGAACAGGAGCUCAAUACCAUUUCCAGACCUAACUCCACGGCUCGUGGCCAGAGCAAAGGCCAGCAGAGGGCCCCUGGAGGGCGUAGUGCCAGUACCAAGCACACAGGCACCAGUGGGGGGGGGAGCAGUGGAGGAAGCACCAGUAGCAGUACCCGGGCGUCGCCGGCCAACACGGUACGAGGCGGCAGCGUCAACGCCCGCCCCACUGCCUCCAACAUCUCCCUGGAUGACAUCACCUCUCAGCUGGAGAAGGCCUCCCUCAGCAUGGACGAAGCGGCUCGUCAGACGUCCUCCUCUUCCUCCUCAUCCUCCUCCUCCUUCUCCUCCACCACGCUCCGGCGGCCCUCGUCGGGGUCGUCCGGCGGCGGGCUGCACCGCAGGACGGGCUCAGUGGGCACGGUCAGCGAGCAGGAAGCUCCGUCCCAGCGGUCCAGUGUAAACUCAGCAUGUGCCUCAGCGUCCAGCAUGGACUCCCUGGACAUUGAUAAAGUGAUGACGGGAGGAGAGGGGGAGGGCCGGAGCAGCCCGAGCACACAAGGACAAAACCAGACCAGCACUGAGCACUCCUAUCUGGACCGAGAAACCUCACUCAUUCUGAAAAGCAUAGCUGGAAAGCCUUCUCACCUCCUGACCAAGGAGGAGCAAGCUGCCAAACUGAAGGCAGAGAAGAUCCGAGUCGCCCUGGAGAAAAUCAAGGAGGCGCAGGUCAAAAAGCUGGUGAUCAGGGUCCACAUGUCAGAUGAGAGCUCCAAGACCAUGAUGGUGGAUGAGCGGCAGACAGUCAGGCAGGUGCUGGACAGCCUGCUGGAUAAGUCUCACUGUGGCUACAGCCCCGACUGGUCGCUUGUGGAAACCAUCACCGAGCUACAGAUGGAGCGUAUUUUUGAGGAUCAUGAGAACUUGGUGGAGAAUCUGUUGAACUGGACCCGGGACAGCCACAACAAACUUAUGUUCAUUGAACGCAUCGAGAAAUACGCUCUUUUCAAGAACCCUCAGAACUACUUAUUGGGGCGGAAGGAGACAUCAGAAAUGGCUGACAGGAAUAAAGAGGCUCUAUUAGAGGAGUGUUUCUGUGGCGGCUCAGUGUCUGUGCCAGAGAUCGAGGGGAUCCUGUGGCUGAAGGAGGACGGGAAGAAGUCGUGGAAGAAGCGUUACUUCCUCCUCAGGGCUUCAGGGAUCUACUACGUCCCAAAGGGCAAAGCCAAGGCGUCCAGAGAUCUCGUGUGCUUCCUGCAGCUGGACCAUGUCAACGUGUAUUACGGGCAGGACUACCGCAGCAAAUACAAGGCUCCUACUGACUACUGCCUGGCCCUGAAGCAUCCACAAAUCCAGAAGAAGUCACAGUACAUCAAGUAUCUGUGCUGUGAUGAUGUCAGGACCCUGCACCAAUGGGUGAAUGGGAUUCGAAUCGCCAAGUAUGGAAAGCAGCUAUACGUGAACUACCAGGAAGCAAUGAAGAGGACAGAGGCCGCCUACGAUUGGUCGUCUCUCUCUACCGCCAGCAUCCGAUCCGGCUCCAGCUCUGCCAGCAUACCGGAGUCCCAGUCUAAUCAUUCAGGCCACUCAGACAGUGGUGUGGACACAGGCUCCUCUCAUGGCCGGUCCCAGAGUGUGGUGAGCUCCAUUUUCUCUGAGGCCUGGAAGAGAGGCACCCAGAUCGAGGAAAACUCCAAGAUGAGGAUGGAGGCAUCCAGAGGGGCCACCCUGCCGCAUGCUUCCCACAGUCACCGCCAUCACAGCCAGCAUUCAGUCGACCACCCAGCCCUGACGCCCCCUCCCCAGCCCCAGCCCCAGCCCCACACCAUCACCAGGCUGCAGAACCAGAAGGCCUCCCAGGACGCCAACCACCACAAGCUGCCCCGUCACCUCCACGCCACAGCUCAGCAAGUUCUACCCCCGGCCCCGACACCGCCCACAGCUUUGGUGUCCAUCAAACCCAAUGUCAAUCACAUUGCGGCAAGGACUAAUGUCCCACCUCCCCCUCCGCCUCCUCCUCCCCCUCCACCAUCCAUGCCAACCCCUGGGUCAGCCAUGGCUGUGUUGAAGCUGGGCCCUCCCAGCCCGGCUGCCCCGCCUGCCUUCAUUCCUCCACCCCCAGCACCUCUGUUUGCACCACAGACCAACGGAGUAGCAUUCCCUCCUCCUCCUCCUCCCCCUCCACCCCCACCUGCACCAGCUCCCAUGAGCCAGCCUGUUUACCCCAGCGGGCUGAAGCAGGUGCUGAAGGAAAGGUUUCCCAGCCCGCCGCGGGACCUCCUGACUCCCAAUGGAGACCUUGAGGAGUCCCCACCGCCGGCUCCUGCUCCACCACCUCCACCUCCUCCACCUCCACCCCCGCCACCACCUCCUCCUCCUCCCCAGCAGUUCCCAGUGCCAGCCCAGUUUCCACCCCCGCCUGCGCCACCACCAGCGCCACCCAAAACCUUCACCCCAGGCUUUGUCCCUCAUACUGCCCCCAAGCCCGUGUCACCUGUCGCACCGUUCCCUCCUGCCCCACCUCCCGCUGCCUUAGGGGGCCCAACGCCACCACCACCACCCCCGCCUCCACCUGCACCCUUCAAGAAGCAGUUCAGCCUCCAGGCGGGCCACACCCCCAGCCACCCCCCUCCGACUUUGCCCAAGCAACACAGCCUGUCUAAACCACCGCCCAUUUCCACGGGAGCCCCUCCCACCAUGUCUUUGGUGAAACAACUGGCAAGUCAGUUUCCAGGAGCUUCAUCCCAGGUCGCCAAUCACACAGAGAGCCCCAAAGCCCCCCUCUCCCCACCUGCAGUCAAGACCAAACCAAAAUGGCAGCCAGGGGGGGGCCAGCAGCCGCAGUCUCCGGAGUUCCCUCCUCCUCCUCCAGACAGCAACGCUGGCUUCCCCGCUCCACCCCCUCCUCCGCCGCCUCCUCCAGCACCUGUUACAGGCCCGACUCCACCCCCUCCUCCCCUCCCUCCUGGAAACCUGGGCUCCCCCAUGAGGAGGUCGCCCUCUGGCUCCUUCAAUUUUGGAGGCAAGAAACCUCCUCCCACCCCUCAGAGGAACUCCAGCAUCAAGGACAACGCCUCAGCCUCCUAUGAGGAAUCCAGGAGGAACUUACUCAGCAAGUUUGCUCCGCAGGGCAACACCUCUCCUUCCUCACCAUGUCCCACCUCCUCUUCUACUGGAUCCCCCUCCAAGGACCACUCAGCUGGACCCCCUGCUCCCCCAAAACCAGGCAAGCUCAACCUGUCCAACCUGCCCCUGGCGCUCCAGGCCAAAGUGGGCCAGGCGAAGCAGUCCAGCGGCGACUUCCCUUCCCCACCACCUGAUUGCGCCUACUUCCCUCCUCCUCCCCCGGCCUCGGAGCUCUUCCCCCCUCCUCCUCCUCCUCCUGGCAGUGAUGGCCAUAGUGGCGGACCUCCGAGGGUGGCCGUGGUCAACCCCCAGCCCCAAGCUCCGCCUCCUCCUCCACCGGUCUCCCUCGUCAGCAACUCAACAUGGGGAAAGAGCUCACUGAAAAAGACCCCUCCACCCACACUGGCGCGACGUAGUAACACCACCCCGGAGCCCCCUCCACUCUCGCCGCCUCCACCCACCUCCCCGAAGGGCAGCUCGGGCCAGCCCAAUUUCCUGGAGGACCUCAACCGGACACUGAAGCGAAAGUCGGUGGGUCGCCAGGGUUCUCUCAACUCUGCCGGCCUCUCUGGGAAGCUGGACCCCGCGGGGACCAUGGACGACAUGGCGCUGCCUCCGCCGCCCCCCGAGCUGCUCGGGGACCAAGGAAAGCAAAGCAACGGAGGAAACGGUGGCUACAUGUCCGGAAACAUCUCAGGCUAUGCAACACUACGACGAGGACCCCCACCUGCACCACCCAAACGGGGGGACACCACCAAACUUACUUGAGAGUGUCGAACUUGGAGAUCAGGACGCGACGAAGAUGGAUGAAAAAAGACAAUGAAAGAAUAUAUGGACGUGAACUGGGAGCGAGUUCCUGGACUCCUUCUGUCCUCUUCACAACGAUAAAUAGAUGACUGUGUAUAUACGAAAACCCAAACCAGACCGCGGUCAAUUAGUGUUUGCUAAUUAUUGCAUUUUUUUUUUUUUUUUGAACACGCUUGGCAUUCUGGGUCAGUGGGGUUUACAAUAGUGGGACAAUUAAGACCGGAGCAGGUAAGUUUGAGGUCGUAGAAAAGAACAUUUCUGCGAUUCUCUAAACUCUCUGGAACAUAUUGUAUCGCCCGGUAUGGUAAACCCCACCCAUCCUGGUGCACCAAGCAGAUUCAAAUAAACACUAAUAAGAAUUGUGCAAAUAUUACUGGAUCCAGGUCUGAGCCAAACCAUGUAUCUGCUUCUUUGCCAUA